AUGUCUGAGCGCGCUGGAUCAAGCACGGAGGCCGAGAGCUACAUCGCGAGAUGGCACGCCCGAGGACAUGGCUGGGUGGGACACAGUCAAGCACGUGAGCUACACUACCUGGUGUCGGAGGGCGUGCGACCCGAGCAUCUCGCCGCCAAACUGAAGAUGGCACGGGGAACCGUUAGGUCGGCCGUCAAGAGGUGCGGACCGGGACCAGCCAUGGAAGGGACCAGCAGCCUCUUCAAACGGCUGGUCGCUAGUGGCGAGGUAUGGAAGGCAAUCGAUUGGGAUCGGAACGUCGCCGAAAGCUCCCCCGCCAUCUCGACGUCGGAAUCCUCGGCUGGAGACCAGGACGAAGAGCAGCGGUGCGCCGGGCUGACAUGGUUCUGCGACAACGACGAGAGCUUACACGAUGAUUCCAGCGAUGACGAUGGAAGAAACGACGAUACGUGGACGGACGACAUCUUCGUCGAGGUCAGAGCGCCGUGGAGGGCUGCGUACGAACAAGGAGGUGCGAAAUCCGUGCAAGAAUUCCUGGCAGCGACCGCUCCGCCCCUCAUCUGUCGUGUGGAAGAAAUCAUGAGUGGAGGCGUGGAGACUGUAAGCAACGUCAAGGAACUAGGAGGUUGGAGCCGCAGCUCGCAGAAGUCGUUCGCAUUGCGCGUGGGCCUGUCUGAAAUGGAGGGGAUGGUGCUGGCGGCGUACGCCGAACAGCUCGCCGCUGACGAUGCAGUCCAGCCAGAUGUUCUUCGGGUGCUAUACGAGUGGGGUGAGGAAAAGCAGCAAGUGCGGGCCUGGAUUAAAGACGAUGGAAAGCCAGAGCUGGUUGACGCUGUCGCCCGCGGCUUCGCGCGUGCAGGGAUCACGGAGCGGGGAAGGCUCGUGCGACUGGGCUGGACGGGCGAAGAAUGGCUCGUGAACAUCGUCAGCAUGCUGUUGCCCGACAGGGAACUGUCCUUCCUCGUCCAUCACAUCUGUGAGAAGAUCCUGCGAGAGUACUGCACGGUUUCGACGGGCCCAGAAACUGCUCGUAUUCCUUCCCCUCUCAACGCGCAAGUGUUGGAACGACAAGGCAUGAUGAAAGUGAAUGCAGCGUGA